UUACGUAUUAAAACUUUCUUGAAUUUCUUUCUGAAGUAAAGAAGCUGCCAAGAAUUCAAUUCUGUACAGCUAUAAGCAUGGCUUCUCUGGGUUUGCAGCUACUCUUAGUGAUUCCCAAGCAGAAGCAGUUGCAGACAUGCCGGGUGUUGUCCGAGUGUUCCCUAAUCGCAUUUAUAAACUCCAUACUACCCGAAGCUGGGAUUAUCUUGGACUCAAUCCACAUGAUCAGCAUCAAAGUAACCUUUUAACUGAAGCUAAUAUGGGUGAUGGGACUAUUAUUGGUGUGAUAGACUCAGGAAUCUGGCCAGAGUCAAAAAGCUUCAAGGAUGAUAACAUGGGUCCAAUUCCAUCGCGUUGGAAAGGAAUUUGCCAAACUGGAGAGUCUCUCAAUUCAACUCACUGCAAUAAGAAACUAAUAGGUGCUCGCUGGUUUGCAAAAGGAGUUAACACCACUGGGCUUGAAGACUAUUUGUCCCCAAGGGACAACACAGGGCAUGGGACUCACUGUGCUUCCAUAGCUGCAGGUCGUUUUGUAGGAAAUGUAAGCUAUAAAGGGCUUGGUACCGGUUUAGCUAGAGGGGGAGCACCUCUUGCUCGCCUAGCAAUCUACAAGGCGUGUUGGAAUGGAUUAGGAUGUUCAGAUGCAGAUACACUAGAAGCAUUUGACAUGGCCAUACAUGAUGGAGUAGACAUUAUAUCUGCUUCUAUAGGGGAAACAUUACAGCCUCUGGGGGACUACGUCGAUAAUACACUUGAAAUUGGUGCAUUUCAUGCAGUAGCAAAGGGGAUAACUGUGGUCCUUCCGGCAGGGAACGAUGGCCCUUACUCUUAUACAGUUGAGGACACAGCUCCUUGGAUCAUCUCUGUUGCAGCCACCACUAUUGACAGGGUUUUCCUAACAGAAAUUACACUUGGAAACAAACAAACUUUCUUGGUAAUGUCUAAAGGGUUUUAAGAAUCUAAAAAACAAACUCAUGUUAUAACUGCUACACUUACUUUCCAUUAUCAUAUUUGUUGCAGGGCCAAUCCCAAUCACCUGUAAAGCACAGA